GGCCGCACUUCGAUCGAAACGGACGUGUCUCCACUGCUCUCACCGUUUGCUCGCGUGAUUUCCGUUCAUCGCAUCCGCCCCCGCCCUUCGCCGGAAUCGAGUGAUAAUCCAUCUGUGGAAGACAAAAGCCAUGUUGAAAUCCAUUCUCGUUUUGUCGUGCCUUCUGGUGGUGGCCAUCAGCAACAGCCUCGUAAGCGCCGAGGAUCUGAAAGUGGAGGUGAUCAGCACGCCGGAGGUGUGUGACCAAAAGUCCAAGUCCGGAGAUUCCCUCACCAUGCACUAUACUGGAACCCUGCAGGCCGAUGGCAAGAAGUUCGAUUCGAGCUUCGACCGCGACCAGCCCUUCACAUUCCAAUUGGGCGCCGGCCAGGUGAUUAAGGGCUGGGAUCAGGGUCUCCUCAACAUGUGCGUGGGUGAGAAGCGCAAGCUGACUAUUCCCCCUCAGUUGGGCUAUGGUGACCAGGGUGCUGGAAACGUGAUCCCGCCCAAGGCCACCCUGCUGUUCGAUGUGGAGCUGAUCAACAUCGGCAACGCCCCGCCCACCACCAAUGUCUUCAAGGAGAUCGACGAUAAUGCCGACAAGCAGCUGAGUCGCGAAGAGGUCAGCGAGUAUCUGAAGAAGCAGAUGACCGCCGUCGAGGGUCAGGACUCCGAUGAGCUGAAGAACAUGCUGGCCGAGAACGACAAGCUGGUGGAGGAGAUCUUCCAGCACGAGGACAAGGACAAGAACGGCUUCAUCUCGCACGAUGAGUUCUCCGGACCCAAACACGACGAGCUGUAGGGGUUUUUGAUGUGCGCCAAUAUUAAAGGGACACGUGUGCUUAAGUUAUAUAAAAUCUAAAAUAUAUACACAAAACUAAACAACAAUAUACAACAGAUGAUGAGUGCAACUGA